AAAUGAGAGAUUUUUCUGGCCAAGAUUUCAACAUCUAUCGAUCAUGACCAGCAAACCCUAGACUUUUACUUCACCUACUUGAGGUUAAAUUUCAAGCAAAUGAGGACCCAAGCGUUAAUUGCAAGUAGGCCACACAUCGGAUCUUCUCUCUAAAUCUUAAGGUCUAAGCAAAAACCCAUUCCUCUCCUCUUUCUUCUUCUAUCUUCUUUCUCGACUCUCUUCCUCUCUUGAAUAAAAAAAGCUCCACUACUCUGUUUUCUCCCUCUCUGGAGAUUGUUUCAGGUCUCUUUUUCUUAUACUCAAUACGCUUGAUCUCUGGGGUUCUGAACGAGAAAUGGCAUCUUAUAGAUUCCAAUCUGGGUUUUGCCCUCCCUCGCCGUGUCCCUUUCUCGGUAAUUUCGUCGAACGGAUCAAAGACGCAUGUCGUUUCCUCGUCUCCGCUGUUCUGGGCACGAUUCUCUCGGCGAUCUUAACCUUCUUCUUCGCUCUAGUUGGCACAUUGCUUGGGGCACUUACAGGUGCUUUGAUAGGCCAAGAAACAGAGAGUGGUUUCAUUCGAGGAGCGGCGGUUGGAGCCAUUUCAGGAGCUGUUUUCUCGAUCGAAGUCUUCGAAUCAUCUCUUGUUCUCUGGAAAUCUAACGAGUCACGUUUCGGUUGCCUCCUCUACUUGAUUGAUGUCAUUGUUAGUCUAAUAAGCGGCAGACUUGUGCGUGAACGCAUAGGUCCGGCAAUGCUAAGCGCGGUUCAAAGUCAGAUGGGAGCUGUAGAUACGACUUUCGAUGAGCUCUCGAGCAUCUUUGAUACCGGUGGUUCAAAAGGAUUAACAGGAGACUUGGUUGAUAAAAUACCAAAAAUCAAAAUCACUGGCAAAAACAACUUAGAUGCUUCUGGCAACAAAGACUCCUGUUCUGUUUGUCUUCAGGAUUUUCAGCUUGGUGAAACGGUAAGAAGCUUGCCACAUUGUCAUCACAUGUUUCACUUGCCUUGCAUAGACAAUUGGCUACUCAGGCACGGAUCUUGUCCAAUGUGUAGACGUGAUCUGUAAUCUCCCUUCUUACCAUUUGCACAGUCUCUGUCUAUCUCUCUCCUUGAGCUUAAGCUUCUUCUUCUUCUUCUUCUUCUUCUUCUUCUUCUUCUUCUAUGGUCGUAAUCUUGUUGUGGUUAGGCUCUAUAUGUACAAAGAAAUGGAAAAAAAGUUUUGAAUUUUCCGAUGAAAACCCAGAAACUCAACCAAAUCCAU